UAUUAUUUUAUUUUUCUCUUUCAGAUGCAGUCGAAAACAAAGCCCUAAUCGGACCAAACCCUAGGGUUUAUUCUAACCGGACCACUAAACCCAACUUUUUCCCCCAAUUUCCACAAAACCCAUUCGCUUCUUCUUCUUCUGCCACCUCCCGCUCUCUCUCUUCUUCUUCUCUCUCUGUUUUUCCUUAUUUUUCUCUGAUUCUGUCCAAUUUGAGCUUGUUUUUCGCGGCGAUGGAUUUGGAGGGCGCGACAACUAUGCGGCUGCGCUCUGUUUUGGAAGCUGUGAUGGUGGACACUGUCUUCACCGCCGCAAACUCUCUUGUUUGGCUUCUGGCCACGGCAGGAGCUCUGUUAAUAAAUGAUGUCAAUGCUCCGCCAGGAUUGGCUGCAAUUGAGGGAAGGUUUCCUUUCGACGAACUUCGCACAAAGAAAACUCCUGAUCAGGAAAACAUGGAUGGCAGUGAAACAGAGGAUGACAAAGAUGGAGAAGAAGUUGAUGAUGAUGAUGCAGAUGACAAAGACGACGGGGAAGAUGUAGAAGAUUUCUCAGCCGAAGAAGGGGAUGAUGGUGAUCUAGAGGAUGACCCUGUAGCAAGUGGUAAUGGAAAGGCUGGAGGUGAUGAGGAUGAUGAUGGAGAAGAAGAAGAUGAUGAUGAUGCGAAUGACCAAGAUGAUGACGACGACGAUGAUGACGACGAGGAUUUCUCAGCUGAAGAAGGGGAUGAUGGUGAUCAAGAGGAUGACCCUGAAGUAAGUGGUAAUGGAAGAAUUGAAGGUGGGGAGGAAGAUGAAGACGACGACGAUGACGACGAUGGAGAUGAGGAUGAUGAUGAACCGCCGGCUAAGAGAAGGAAGUGAGAAUGGUGAUUGGUUCUUUUUCUUUUUCUUUUUUUUUUCCCAUCUGUUUUCAGUUGUUAUCUUCCCCACUGUGUCUGGAGUUUGAAGUAACUAAUGAGGGGAAUUUAGCUAGUUAGCAUUCUCAUUUAGAGGUAGGAAGAUUGUUGACCUUGUUCUUAAUCAACUUCCUAUAUUUAUGUUGUGGAUCCACAUUAUAUAUAACAAUUUAUUCUGCUAUAACAGUUGAUAAUUUUGCAAUUUA